GUGAUACGAGCGAUGGACGUGGAGACAUCUCGCGGCGGGGCGGCGGCAGCGUGCAACGGCAACGGCAACGGCAACGGCUCUCUCGGGCUCUGCAAGGGCCGCGACCCGCUCAACUGGGGUGCCGCCGCCGAGUCCCUCGCGGGGAGCCACCUCGACGAGGUGAAGCGCAUGGUCGAGGAGUCCCGGAGGCCCGCCGUCCGCCUCGGCGGGAGGACGCUGACCGUGGCGCAGGUCGCGGCGAUCGCCGGGCGGGGCGCAAGUGGCUCGGCGGCGGUGAAGCUGGCCGAGUCGGCCCGGCCGGCGGUCAAGGCCAGCAGCGACUGGGUCAUGGAGAGCAUGAGCAAGGGCACGGACAGCUACGGGGUUACCACCGGCUUUGGUGCCACCUCGCACAGGAGGACCAAGCAAGGCGGUGCUUUGCAGAAGGAGCUCAUCAGGUUCUUGAAUGCCGGUGUUUUCGGCAACGGGACCGAGUCAUCCCACACGCUGCCCCACUCGGCGACCCGGGCCGCGAUGCUUGUGCGGAUCAACACGCUCCUCCAGGGCUACUCGGGCAUCCGGUUCGAGAUCCUAGAGACCAUGGCCAAGUUCCUCAACCACAACAUCACCCCGUGCCUGCCUCUCAGGGGCACCAUCACGGCCUCGGGCGACCUGGUCCCACUGUCCUACAUUGCCGGGCUCUUGACAGGCAGGCCCAACUCGAAGGCCGUCGGGCCGAAUGGGGAGUCCGUGAACGCCGUCGAGGCCUUCCGUCUCGCCGGGAUCGAGCACGGGUUCUUUGAGCUGCAGCCCAAAGAGGGCCUCGCGAUUGUGAAUGGCACGGCGGUCGGGUCUGGGCUCGCUUCCAUUGUCCUGUUUGAUGCGAACAUUCUGGCCGUCCUCUCGGAGGUUUUGUCGGCGGUUUUCGCCGAAGUCAUGCAAGGGAAGCCCGAGUUCACCGACCACUUGACCCACAAGCUCAAGCACCAUCCUGGACAAAUUGAAGCUGCAGCCAUAAUGGAGCACAUUUUGGACGGGAGCUCCUACGUGAAGGAGGCUCAAAAGCUCCAUGAGAUCGAUCCUCUCCAGAAGCCGAAGCAGGACCGAUAUGCCCUCCGCACGUCCCCGCAGUGGCUUGGUCCCCAGAUUGAAGUGAUCAGGGCCGCCACCAAGAUGAUCGAGAGGGAGAUCAACUCAGUCAACGACAACCCGCUGAUCGAUGUCUCGAGGAACAAGGCCCUCCAUGGAGGGAACUUCCAGGGGACCCCGAUCGGUGUUUCCAUGGACAACACCCGUCUCGCCAUCGCCUCAAUUGGCAAGCUCAUGUUUGCGCAGUUCUCGGAGCUCGUCAAUGACUUCUACAAUAACGGGCUGCCCUCUAACCUGUCCGGGGGAAGGAACCCGAGCUUGGAUUAUGGUUUCAAAGGAGCCGAGAUCGCCAUGGCCUCGUACUGCUCGGAGCUGCAGUUUCUUGCCAACCCCGUGACCAACCACGUCCAGAGUGCAGAGCAACACAACCAGGACGUGAACUCCUUGGGCUUGAUUUCAUCGAGGAAGACCGCGGAGGCCGUGGACGUGUUGAAGCUCAUGUCCUCCACUUUCCUCGUCGCCCUGUGCCAGGCCAUUGACCUGAGGCACCUGGAAGAGAACCUCAAGAGUGUGGUCAAGAGCACGGUGAACCAAGUGGCCAAGAAAGUCCUCUACGUCGGGUCCAACGGUGAGCUCCACCCUUCGCGGUUCAGCGAGAAGGACAUGAUCAAGGUGGUCGACCGGGAGCAAGUCUUCGCCUACAUCGACGACCCCUGCAGCGCCACAUACCCCCUAAUGCAGAAGCUGAGGCAAGUCCUGGUGGACCACGCGCUGAACGACGUCGACCGAGAGAAGAAUCCUAGCACCUCCAUCUUCCAAAAGAUUGGGGCUUUCGAGGAAGAGCUCAAGACCCUUUUACCGAAAGAGGUCGAGAACGCGAGGGCUCAGUUCGAGAGCGGGAAUUCCGAGAUUGCCAACAAGAUCAGAGGAUGCAGGUCGUACCCACUGUACAGGUUCGUCAGGGAAGGGCUGGGGACAAGUUUGCUCACAGGAGAGAAGGCGGGCUCACCAGGUGAGGACUUUGAUCUGGUCUUCUCUGCAAUGUGCCAAGGCAAGCUGAUCGAUCCUUUGUUGGAGUGCUUGAAGGAUUGGGAUGGUGCUCCGCUUCCUAUUUGUUAGAAAUUGUUAAUCACUGAGACUGCUUCAGAUUGAUUUGCUCUAUUCUUGGUUAUGUACUUAAGAGAGUUUCAUGGUCAAGUGGUCCACGCCUCAAAAAGCUGGGGUGACUGUAAUGUCUAUGUCUUUGUUCAGUUCUUUCUUCUUUCCCUGUCCCCACAAGGAUUAUAUGUACUUGAAACUUCAGUGAAACAACAAUGUUGAUAUACGUGAAGGAAAGAUUACAUAGCAUACAUUUUGUUAUAUU